AUGCAUUGCUUUUUUGCUGAGCUGGAGCCGUCUAUUGCCGUCACGGGACAAAACCUGACAGACCGAGUUGGGUACAUCAUGCGCUCGAAAAUAUCUGAUGAUGCCGAGAUCGAACGACUACUUGAGGCCAUUCCCUCAUCGAAUGAAUUGGCUACGGAUGGGGAUGCGACUCCUCAGGCGAAACACCAGCUGCCACGCGUAGAAGCUGCCAUGGAUCUUCCAGUUGUGGUUGAUUCGGACGAUGAUGAAAUGGUCUUCCACGAACUAGAGCAAAUGAGGAGUAUAUUGGAAGAGGCGAUUUUGGAAACGCGCAUAAAGCCUCUCGAAAAUUGA